AUGCCACAGAAGAAAUGUAUUCUUUGUUCUCAUUGGUCGUUUAACUAUCGAUCGUUGUCAUCCUCCACUUAUCAAUGGUUCCAUGAACAUCUUCGAUCACAGUACAAGGUUUUCGAUGAAAGUGAUCUAAAUCUAUGUACUACUUGUGUUGCCGAUUUUUACAAGUUGAAGGAAACAUUGACUAUUCGAUUAACUGAUGAACCAAUGGAUAUCGCAGAUGAAAUCAAUGAGAACGAUGAUGACAAUCAAUUUACAUUGGAGAAUAUUAUUUUUGGUGGGAGUGGCCAUAAAAAAUGUGUUGUCUGCCGUCAAGAUAUUCGGAAUGGAGCAGUAACGAUGCCAAAAUCUGCGCGAUUAGAUCUACUCGUUAUCCAUUCAACGUACGCACCGAAAGGUGUUCGCUGUUGCUCAAACCAUCUUUUUCAUGAGAAACGCUUGAAGCCUCAUCAUCCUUUAAAUAUGGAUAAUCGCCAACGUCUUGCUACUNUUAUUUUUGGUGGGAGUGGCCAUAAAAAAUGUGUUGUCUGCCGUCAAGAUAUUCGGAAUGGAGCAGUAACGAUGCCAAAAUCUGCGCGAUUAGAUCUACUCGUUAUCCAUUCAACGUACGCACCGAAAGGUGUUCGCUGUUGCUCAAACCAUCUUUUUCAUGAGAAACGCUUGAAGCCUCAUCAUCCUUUAAAUAUGGAUAAUCGCCAACGUCUUGCUACUUGUAUUUCGUCGUCAGAAAUAAUUACUCUCGUUUCGGAUUUAUUAUCACUUCUCCAAGAAGCUCUCACUUCUCCUCGGUUAGACUUUUUGGACUCGACAUUAAACGACGAAGAUUAUCUAGCUUGGACAGGUUGGACAAAAACACAGUUCGAUAAUAUGUUCGAAAUCGUUUCUCCUUAUCUUCGUUCGUCUGCCAAUCGCCACGCUCGAAAUGCUCUCGCCAUGUUUUGGAUCAAAUUAAAAACGAACUUAUCUUUCAGACAAAUAGGAUCUAUGUUUAAUAUUCCAGGUGAUGGUGAAUAUCGGCGUAAACAAGCUGCAGAUGCAUUUGAUAGUAUUCGUGAAUGUUUAGUCGAAAACUUCGUACCAUUACAUUUAGGUGUCGAGCAUUUAACCCGAGAAGAUGCUAAAAGUCAAAACACAAGCUUUUCUAAGGAAUUUUUUGGAAACAAUGUUACCAUAAUUUGGGAUGGUACAUAUUUAUAUAUGGGUAAAAGUAGCGCUCAUUUAGUGAAUCGAAAGACGUAUUCUGGACAAAAGCAUCGUCAUUUGAUCAAGUUCAUGUCUUUGGUAUUACCAAAUGGAUAUGUCCUCGACACAAUUGGUCCAUUUUGGGGUACAAUGAAUGAUGCUACCAUUGCAAAUACUAUUACAAAUACAUGUGAUACCCUCAUGAGAUGGUGUCAACCAGGUGAUCAAAUGAUAGUUGAUCGAGGGUUCCGAGACGUUAUCGAUUCAUUUGUUAACAUGGGUUUUGAAGCGAAGAUGCCCGAUUUCUUAACCAAAGGACAAAAGCAACAUACUGUUGAAGAAGCGAAUCGUUCUCGAUUAAUCACAAAAAUUCGCUGGCGAGUAGAAUCAUAUCAUGCUCGUAUGAAGAAAUGGAGUUUAUUUAGCGGUCGUAUUGAAAAUGCAUUCAUACCGAAAGUUGCAGAUUGUGGGCGCAAAGCAACGGAAGCAACAAGCAACAUAUGCAGCACGAUGGGCAAGGAUGUACUCUGCAUCCGUACGGCGCAGCAUUGGUUUCAUCGGUUCAAGAACGGUAACUUUGAACUCGACGAUUUACCUCACACCGGAAGACCGCUACAGGUGGAUAUGGAUGUUUUAAAGCAGCUUAUCGAAGAAGAUCCUCGAUUGACUACGCGAUGUUUAGCAGAGCAACUUAGCGUAUGGUGGGGAGUUAAAGGAAUUAUUCAUUUGGAACUUCUUCCAAAUGGUUACACCAUCACUGCUGAUUUGUACUGUCAACAAUUAGAUCGGCUUGCACAAAAACUCAAGGGAAAGCAAGAUCGAAUUUACUUCUUGCAUGACAACGCGAGAUCUCAUGUUGCAAAGUCGACGCGUCAAAAAUUAUUGGAGCUCGGAUGGGUCACUAUUCCACAUCCACCUUAUUCUCCGGACUUGGCUCCUACAGACUACCAUUUAUUUCGUUCUCUGUCUAAUCAUUUACGCGAGAAAAAAUUCGACGACGAGAACGACCUCAAAAUAGACCUCCUCAACUUCUUUGACCAAAAGUCCCAGGACUUCUACGAACGCGGGAUCCUUUCUCUACCAGAGCGUUGGCAACAAGUCAUAGAUAGUAAUGGAGCAUACAUUGUUGAAAGUUAG